AUGAUCAAGCAGGGGGUGUAUCGACCCUCGGAACCGGAACCCGAUUACGAGGGAAUCGUGGCCGGAAGAUUUUGCUCUACCCCGAGUGACGAUCUACCGCUUGAGAACUUCGGUGACCGCAGCUCGGAAGCGAACUUGGCUAACGUUGAAAUGGACAAUUUGUCAAUGGAAUCAGAACGAGAUCCCGAUGAAACACCGAAACGGAAUUCUCCUCAAGCCGUUUUCAAGGAACCGUAUCUCAGAAGCGCUUCUCAGUAUGGAUUGCCAGAAAACGGGUACAAAAGUAGCCACGACCCAACGUUGAAUUCUCCUAAUGUCGAACAGGAUCCGACGAGAGACGCUGGGAAAUACAAUCUGGCCUUUCAGUCCGAAGAAGAUGAUACAUUCGGUCCGACAAUUCCAAGGGUGAACAGCCAGACGCUUCGUAGCAAUGGCGGCUCCGAUCCAAGACUCAACAGGCGCAGAUUGGACUCUGGUCAGUUGAGCAACAGGACUCCAAAAAGACCGGCUAGUCUACAUCUUGAUAAUGCCAGUCACAAAAGUAUCACCUUGGAUAGAAUCACUUCUCAACCCAACGGAAGCAGUAAUGGCAGCAUGGUACUGCAGCUGGUGCUGCCUCCGGGUGCCCUGAGGGACAUGACACAAGAAUCCGGAAGUCCGAAUUUCUCAUCGGUCACAGACAUUCCCUCCAACGAAUAUUACACACGACCCCCAAGCGUUGUCAGUUAUGGGAUCGGAAGUAAGGGUCGCGGGCCCGAUAUCCACUCCUUGAAAUCGCCGGGACUCAACAGAGGCUUUAACAGCUCGGCAAGUUUGCAUAGCGAAGCUGUUAGCACACCUGGACAUCAUCCACCGCCAUCUUCGUGCGAUGAAAAAGCACAAACGUUCAGGACUACUGUCUCGAUCGUGAUGUCCUGUAUUUAUGCAGUUAUCUUGAUCCCAUUGGCCUUGGUUAUUUACAUCGCAGACCUUUUGACCGAAAAUUCUUGGCUGGCUGCGGCAUUUAAUCUGUACUUGGUCAUCGUCGGAUUCGUCUACUUGGUUUUUCUGUUCUUUGACAUACGGUUCUACGUCAGCAAAGGAAAGAAGCAUUUCAAAGCCACGACAAAUUACGAUAAAGAAGAUGAUGCAAAUUCUGUGGAUCUCAAUAUGAACAACAUUCCAGCACCGAAUCAUGCAUUUUGCUUCGCAUUAGGGAGACAUGCUGGCAGCAUUUACUUGCGAGUCGGUGCCACAGUUUUCUGCUUCGGUCAUUUAAUUCAUAGUGGAUUAAUACUAUUUUACGAGAUCUUGUUUCUCACGUCCGAUGAAUUCUACGCGUGCUUCAGUGCCGUUGCGCUUACUUUCGACAUCUUAUACCCUAUCUAUUCAUUCUUCCUAUUGUUUUUCAUCUACAAAUAUUCAAACGUGAUUAUCAACCACUGCAAAGAGCUUGCAAGGAUAUUGAUUAUGCACACGAUUGCGUCUAGUCUCUGCUUUUGGAUAUGGGCAAUAUUCAGGGAGAGCACUGACUCGUUGUCGAGACACGCGAACGCCGCUGACGCAGAGACUGAAGAAGACACGUCCGAAGUAACAGCCCUCAUAACUGAGGAUGGCGAAGCUUCCGUCGCCCUGCCAUUGACCUCGUACCAGCAAAGGGGGGCGAAAGAUUUGAUAAAAUUCUUGAACGGAAGCUAUUUCAGCAACGAAUGUCACCAGACGGGGCUUAACACAAUCUACGAAUGGUUUUCUCCGUAUCUCUACCCCUUCACCAUAGAGUACAGUAUUCUCAUUGUUGGUGUGCUGUACGUUAUUUGGGACAACAUUGGGAACUGUAAAAGAGGCGGUGGAAGUUCAGCCGACGGUGUACCUUGUCCUCCUCUAGCCGGACCCUCGGCUGGGAGCAACAUAGUCGUGCACGCGGAUUGCCACCAUGCGAACAGAGGUCUCUUCGCGGGAUUGUUGGUGCUCGUAUUUUCUAUAGUAUCGAUAAUACUAUUUUUCGUGGCAUUCAGCGACCCGCAGUACAUAUACGUCGGGAAGACGAUUAACAGUGUGACGGAGCUGGUUUUGCUCUCGAUAAUGACCGUCACGGCCCUCCUUGCCUACCAUCAGAUAAAGCAACUGGACGUGAAUCAUCAUCCCGUGUCCCUGCUGGACGAUAUUCUGCUGUUCAUAGCUGUGCCGGCGUUUUUCUUGUACGCCUUGUUUAGCAUCGUACCAGCGGCGCAGAAAUAUGACUGGUUGAAAAUAUUCACUCUUACUAUGGGGAUGAUUCAGAUCAUGGUUCAAACCCCCCUGAUCAUCGACGGUCUCAGACGUUGCUCGAACACGAAGAAGCUGCGCAGUAAGAGGCCCGGUCGUGAAUUAAUCACGUUUCUGAUCAUCUGCAACGUUGCUCUCUGGAUCAUCGAGACAUUCGAAAUCAAGUCGACGAGCAAACAAGAUGACAGAUACGAUUUUUACGGACUUACUCUCUGGACUAUUCUCAAGCACAUGACCAUACCACUGACGAUGUUCUACCGAUUUCACAGCUCCGUCUGCUUGGCUGAUAUUUGGAAGAGUGCUUACGUACCAGGAGAGAUUCAUCACCAUUAACUUAUUAUUAAAUUGUGUUUGAUACAUUGAUGAUGAUUUUACAUUCGACAAGUAGAAUACAAAUACACAACAUGCUUGUAAUUGUUGAUUUGCUGCCCUAUGUGAUUGUAUCACUCUCUAAGGGCAUAGUAUCAUUGUUGACUAGUACUUAAGGAAUUCUGUGUAAUAUUAUAUCAUGCGUGUACUGUGUGCAUGAAAACCAUUGUGCCUUGUAAAUAGUAAAUUAAAAGUAAUAUGCAC